AUGGCUGUAAGCAGUUGCCUCCGGCAAUCUUUUGGUUACGAUAGGAAACGCUUACGAUUUCUCUACUCCUCCACUGUUGAGCCCAUCUUCACAUACGGUUGCUCUGUCUGGGCUUCUGUUUUACGCACAAAGGCCGGUUCAAAGAAGAUCCGUUCGUUUCAGCGGUUGAUCUGCCGGAUGAUUACGCGCUCGUUCAAAACGGCCCCUACCGAAUCGCUCAUUAUCUUAUCCAAUAUGCUUCCACUUGAUCUCCGCAUACUGGAAAUAGCCACUUCUCGUCUGCUCUCUCAACCGGCUGGUGAGUUUGUCAAAUCAUCUAGCAAACUAAUCCUUAAGCGUCUACCCCAUGAACUUAUGCACAAAAAGAGUGAACGAGUCAGUACAUUUCUUUCUACUCAACACCCACCGUGGAGAAUUUGUCUCUACUCCUCUAGCCUCUCUUACGCGUCUGUCGAUCUUUUUCCAUGCGCGCUAAACACCCUCCGCUGCUAUAUUCGUGUGUUUCUGAACUCUGGCGCUGCUGGACUUUGCGUAGUCUUCACAAACUCCGCGGCUGUAAUCAGGAUACUUAAUCUGUCGCUACCCCCAAUCUCUUUCCGCAGUGGACUGAGCGUCGCUCUUGCUGAGGCCAUUGAGACUAUAAAGGAGCUGAGGCCUAAGUAUACCAGCAGUGAAAUUAUCUUAGUUGAGAGGCUCGUAAUGCUCAGUCCGGCCGCUACACUUUCUCAGACGGAGGUGAGCAACCUUGAUCUUCUGGCAAAACUCGGCAACUCUUGUCAUGUCUUCACUGCUGCCAAUCCAAACUCACCUGGUCUCGCCCUAGCUAGCUUCUGGGCCAAAUAUCCCGCUCCGUUUACAACUCGAUACGCCCCGGUCUCCCCGAAGGCUAUUCAGAAAGAGCUCUCGAAAUAUGUAUGGAAUAUGUGGAAUAAGGAGUGGGUGUCAUUGUCAACCAACUUGAGCGUAAAAGCCUUCUUCCCUGAUGUGUACUCCGCCAACAGGCUCCUCAAAGUAAAAACUAGUGCAAUCUCUACCCAGCUACUCACAGGCCACUGCCCCCUAAAUGCUCAUCAACAUCGGUUUGGCUUUACUUCAUCCGCCUCCUAUCGAUGCGGUGCUACUAUUGAGUCCAUUACUCACUUUCUUUUCUACUGCCCAAACUACUCUAGUCUCAGAGAGGAGCUGUAUGAGAAGCUCCUUGCCGUCAACCUUCCCUGGCCCCCUCCUCUCCAUAUCUUUCCAAAAUCAAAUCUGUCCUGGAAUGCACUGGUCAAAUAUGUGCUUAGCACUAAGCGUUUCUCUCUUAAAUAG